GGGAAUUAUUACCUAUGACUGUGCCGAUGCAACUGCUGAUCUAAGAACAUUGUAGGGAGUAAUUCAGUUAUUUGGAUUCAUCCCAGAGCUCAACUCUGAUAGUAACAAGGCUUCCUGCCUCAUCUGGAAAACCUUAUAAAUAAAGGGAGCUGCGCGGGAAUGGGGAAAGUUGGACAAUCCAUGCAAAUGGGGAAAAAAUGAAAAUAUUACCGCAGUGGGAAUGGAGAUGAAUAAAAUAAGUCUACUGGUCAAAAAAGGGAUGGGAUGAUGUAAGUAGACAAAAAAAGGUAUCAAAAGAACAGAGGAUGCAAAAUGAAAGAUAUACUGAACAGCCAAUUUCAUCUUCAUGGAGAAAACGUGUUUUACAAAAUAUUUUUUUUUGUCAUUAAUACUUUUUGCAGUGAUGUGGAUAAUCUAUAACAUAUUCUUAGGGCGAAAUCUGACUAUAUAUCCACAUUCAUGGGGAAAUAAGUUACAUCCAACAGCUGAUCUGAGUAAUCAGUCUGCAGCAAACUUGACUGAGCAAAAUAUAACGCCGAUUAAGGAGACAAAACAUUUCCUAGUCUCUGCCUACAAAGAUCACAGGAUUAAUGGAACCAUUCGUAUCAUUAGCAUAUUUAGGAGGGAUGAUGUCAGAAGACUUUAUUGCGUCAUUGGUUGUGUUCAACAUGGAUAUUUAGUUACAGCAGCAGAGGUCGACAUACACAGUGAUCAUUUUGGGUUCCCUUACCAGACCACAGACCUGCUGUGUAAAACUGAACCAAAGUGUGAUGCUACAAAUGUCACCAUCAGUAAUUCUCCAUACACCUCAGACAUUCCAGACAUGAUCUUUCUUCCCAUCCGAAACAAAGAGAGGAAAGAGCACAACUUCACAUACAACUUCACUGUCUGCAUCUCCAACCUCUUUGGAACUUAUAACAACGUACUGCAGUUUGUGCAGACCCUAGAAGUGUACAAGCUCCUGGGCAUACAGAAGGUGGUCAUCUAUAACACCAGCUGUGGUCCAGACCUCGAUAAGGUUCUGCAGUACUACAGGGAGGAGGGUACACUUGAAAUCCACCAAUGGCCAAUAGAUCAGUUCCUCAAUCCCUCCAAAGGCUGGAAAUUCCAAAGGGACAAAGGUGACCUCCAUUACUAUGGGCAGUUAACUACUCUGAACGACUGUAUCUAUAGAAACAUGUAUAGAUCCAAGUAUCUUCUGCUGAACGACAUUGAUGAAAUAAUUGUGCCUUAUCAGCACGCUACACUGGAGCUUCUCCUGGAGGACCUGCAAAGGCAAAACCCCACAGUAGGAGUCUUUCUUAUCGAGAAUCAUAUCUUCCCCAAAACCGUCUUUGAUGAUAAAGGCACAUUUAACUUAACACAGUGGAAAAACGUUCCAGGAAUAAACAUCAUGGAACACAUUUACAGGGAACCUGUCAAGAAAGAUGUUCAGAACCCCAGCAAGAUAAUCAUGAACCCAAGGCAAGUGGUGCAGACAUCAGUGCAUUCAGUGCUGAAGAAGUACGGAGGCACACUGAGAGUUCCACCUGGUGUGAGCAGAAUUGUACAUGUCAGAGUUCCUCUACAGGGGAGACUCACCAAAGAGCAACUGAUUGUGGAUAAAAAGCUGUGGGAAUAUCAGAAGGACCUUGUGCCAAAUGUUGACCGUGUGUUGAAUAAAUUAGGGAUCUACGACUGAAUUAUUAAGUAUGUAUAUCAAAAGGAUUGUUUUCCAAUUUAUGUGAUAAAUCACUCAAAAAAACAUGUUAUGAAAUUGAACAAAAAUACAUAAUAAUGUGAUUCUUAUGAGAAAACAGCAAAGGCACAUUCUUAAUUAGGGUUCCUUUAGUGUCCUCAGUAUAGUGAUUCAAAUUUCAUACAAAAGUUGCUAAGCACUGUUUUAUUUUCUGAAUGCAUAAGUAGUUCUGAGCGGAAAUGCUGUAGGUGACGUCAGACGCCGGAGACUUGGCGGAAAAUCUGAAUGAACAGCGUGGGGAAUUUGGAAUCUCUUCAGGAAUACAUCGACUGGUACUUCGACAUUAUAGUCAUGAUGAACGCAAUUGAAUCUUCUCCAGCCAAAAGCGAGACGCCGUCCUCCAAAAGAAGUCAUCCGGCAGACUCCCCCAGAACAGUAUCGCUGAUCUGACUUUGCCGGCAUCCUGGAUUCAAUCGACAAGCGAUUGUCCAGCUUCGACAUGAGGUUGUCUCUGGUCGAGAUUCUACAUCAGGAAUUCAAAUCAAAUUCAAUUCAGCCAGCAGCAGGUGGAAACACUCGCUGCUGAAAACGCCUCACUACGGGACUCGGUUAAGUCUCUAACUGAGAAUGUGACCCAUCUGAAUGAAGAAAAUAAAAAAAUAAAAGAGACUGUCAUCGAUCUACAGGCCCGUAGCAUGAGAAAUAACCUGGUGUUCUCAGGCAUUCCGGAAUCUGCCGAAGAGGACGCAGAAGUUACUGUCAAAACCUUUAUCAAGAACCACCUGAAGCUUUCGGAGGACACUGUGAAAAACAUCUACUUUGAGAGAGUCCAUCCGCUGGGAGCCAAGAGGCCUGGUGCACUAAGACCGCGUCCUAUUGUGGCUAAAUUUGGAUAUUUUAAGCAGAAGGAGCAGGUGAAGAGCUGCGGCAGGGAGCUGAAAGGAACGGACUUUGGCGUAAAAGACCAGUUCCCCAAAGAGAUCCUGGAGCGACGCAGAGUUCUGUUCCCAAUCCGACGCAGAUUUAUUCCGACGGGCUCCCGAGCUGCCAUCGCCGUAGACC